AUGUCGCACACGAUCAAAUUUUAUUUAUCUGGUCUACUUUCAGUAUUAGUCUUUCUCUCGUUUUCAUCAGCCCAAGGGUCUGCCCCCCACUUUGUACCAUGUCCCUCGACUACCAGGAGUUUGUUGCGCUCCAGUAUCUCCAAGGACUCCAAGCAGACAUUAUGCCCACAAGAAGCUCGAUAUAUCGCAUCGCGCCGCGCCAAGAUCGCACGACCAGCCUAUGCCAAAUAUUUAAACAACGUCCAACGCUCUCUUCGAAAACACCAACCUACUGCCGUCCUUCCCGAUUAUGUUACGGAAAUUAUUGGCGGAAGAAACACUGCUUUCCUUCCACGAACUGGAUUUGCCGUCUCCGGAGGUGGACUUCGCGCAACACUCUAUUCUUUGGGAGUGCUAAGCGCGUUCGAAGGCGAUAAUCCACAGUCAAUUGAUGUGGGAACAGGUGGUUUGCUGAACGCCGCGGAUUACAUCGCCGGGUUGAGUGGAGGAUCUUGGACCGUGGUCGGGUUGACCUACGGUGCCUACGAUUUGGCCAUGGCGAACAAUCCAAAAGCCCUGACUCACCUCUUGCCACAGUUUGAUUUUUUCUCGCCGGGAAAUUCUUCCAAACUUCCAGGAUUGACUGAUGAACUGAACAAAAAGUAUCUCAACGAGAUUUUCAAAAAAAUGAUGGGGAAAAGACAAGCUGGAUUCCGAGUCACAAUCGCGGACAUGUGGGGCCUCUGCCUUCGGUUCCACACGCUGGGUCAAACUACCGAAGAUAAUUUUUACGAUUUCUCUUUGCCCCAUGGGGCUGACGAAUCAUUUUCUGGUGUAAGAAACCUACCAAGCUUUCAAAAAUUGUUGCAACCCUAUCCAAUCAUUACAGCGCUAGGUUCAUCACCAUCUGAAGGGUACGUAUCAAGAAGACAGCCAUCCGCAUUUCUACCCAUUACAAGCAACCAAUACGAGUUCACGCCCUAUGAAACGGGCAGUUGGGACUCUAAUCUUGCGCGCUUCAUACCGACCGAGUAUUUCGGCACUCGAUUGAAAGCCGGUAAACCUCUUGACCGUUCAAAAUGCGUCAAUAAAUUCGAUCAGACACACUUUCUCUCCGGAAUUUCUAGCGAUAUAUUUCCAAUGUUGAAUACAUCCGAGGAAUACUUUUUCCAGAAAAGUCCCAUUAGAUCCUUGGUCCAAACUAUCAACAGCACCUUCGGACCUAGCCAGCCUGGCAUUUCGAUUGACACCGCCUCAGUACCCAACCCUUUUUUACACUCCGGAAAAGCAAAUUAUGCCGACAAGAAUUCAAUAGAUCUAAGACUAUUGGAUGGUGGUCUGGACGGUGCGGUUACGCCGUAUUAUCCUUUGCUGGCACCUGCCCGGAAACUAGACGUGAUCGUUGGAAUCGACGCAAUUAGCUUGGAUAACGAUGGCGGAGACAAUUAUUCCACCGGGGCAUCUUUGAGAGCGACAUUUGCGCGAGAUUCUCUUCAGCUGAAACAUCGCUUUCCUCAGGUUCCUGAAGAUUCAGAAUCUUACUUCGAAUUGAGAAGUCAUCCCAAUUUCUUUGGCUGCGAUGAGCCAGAAACAGCUCUAGUGAUUUGGCUACCCAACUCGGCUCCCUUAGAUGGCUCACCGGGCAUCACAAAUUCUUCGAUUAAUCGAGUCCAGUACGAACCUGCAGAGGCCCUCAAGAUCAUUUCUGCGUCUUCUGAAAUUGGCUAUCGGGGAUACCCAAACCAGCAAUUGAUUCAAAGGGAACAAUAUCGAGAUCCAUUAUGGUCUGCAUGUCUUGCGUGUGCAGUUGUGGAUCGCUCAAGGUUCAGGAUGCGAGUUGAAAGGGAGGGCGUCUGUGCCGAUUGCUUCGAUAGAUAUUGUUGGAAAAAGUGA